AUGCGUUUCAUCGGCGAUGAUCUGGUCAUUGACCGCAAUGACAAAUCUCCUCUUCAGGUCCUUUGCGCUGGGCUCCCUCGUUGCGCAACAAGCUCCAUACAAGCGGCUCUAGAGUCUCAAUUUGUUGGACUCCAACCAUGUAUGCACAUGGCAUACGUUAUACCACACGCCGAUCGCAGCGACGUCCUUCUUGAGGCCAUAACAGAACGCGAUACUGAGAAGCGCCACAAGUUCCUGUACAAGAUAUUCGAUGGAUUCCAGGCCACCGCUGAUUUUCCGGGGUGUGCCUUCAUCGACGACCUAAUGGACAUGUAUCCUGACGCCAAAAUUGUCCUCAACAAACGCCCUGGCGGCGGUGAAAGUUGGGCUAAAUCGAUCGCGAUUCUUUCUUGGGCAGCCACAUCCACAUACUAUUUUAUUACCUUUCUCUGGAAAACUGACCGCAAUUUGCACAACCUGUGGAUAACUUAUAUGGAAAUCAGCCGGGAAAAAUUCGGCAUCACUCAGGAGGAACUAUUCACAGCAAAACAUUACGAGAUUCACAAUGCGUGGGUCCACGCUGAAGCUGCAAAACGCGGGCGAGAGGUUUUGGAAUACGAACCUUCUGAUGGCUGGGAGCCUAUUUGUGGCUUGGUUGGAAAUGAUGCGCCAAAGGAGGAACCGUUUCCUCAUCGGAAUGAUGCCUCUGAAAUCCGUACAUUAACGAAAGUUUUGUACGUCCGUGGGGUCGUUUCUUGGCUGGCACUGGCUGGUGUAACUUAUGGCGCAGUCAGAUGGCUUGGUAUAGCCAAGUGA